CCACAGGCGAAUAGUGACAGAAACGAAGCCCGUGAGUCAGCGGUACGCGGAACCUGUGUGCGGCGGCGCGAUCGAUAGACACUGCACCCCGCGCGCCGCCCCCGCCUGCACCUGCCGCCACACAGCCCGGCUCCUCGCCGCCGCCGACACACACCACAAAUACGAGAAAAUUCCUAAUAAUCAACGGAAACAUUAAACAGUGCUUUGAUCCAAGUCAAUUUUAGUAUUUACCUAUAACCAGUUCAGUGGUUCAAGGUCGGGACGGUCGACGACCCCGGUUAAGUAUAGGAGAAACGUCUACCUCAUACAGUAUCGGCUGAACGCCACUGUUUAUUAUUUGUGUUCAUCUGUGAAAUUUUAUUUUUAAUUAUUACGUGUAGUGGGCAAGGUCGUGGUGCGUUUGCUGUGCACAAAUGUUGAAUCUUUAUCAUUGGAAGCACGCGCGUGCUCCGCGGCGGUUCACAACAAAGGCGGUUGCGCUAGUCGCUCUGCCCUGACUUGUAUCUGCUUCGGGUCGUGGAUGUGAUUGAGUCUGGUCUGCAGCGAUGGCGUCUAAAGUCCUAGUGCCAGCUGCCCCGUUCACGAAGCUCCAAGUGAAGAAGUCAGCUCCGGAGCCGACUGGUGGAGGAUUCAUCAUCGGAGGUGACCCGGUGGCCAGAGUCGCACACCUGGAGCACAGCGUCAGGUUCCUGCAGGAACAGCACCGGCAGAUGCUGAGUGGUCUACAUGCUGAGAUCGAAGCCUUGAGGGAGAGGAACAGAGAUCUGCAGUUCCAACUGAUAUUCAACAAGGAAUCCUCACCGAAGGCCAGUUCACCACCAGCUGAGGAGAACACCGAGAACAAUGAGGCUAAGCUGAAGCGCGAGGUGACACGCUUGGAGCAGGAAGCGUCGACUGCCCGCAGCGAGGCGAAGGCUGCGGAGGCCCGGGCACUGCAACUGCAGCUGCUCGUAGACGCGCAAACUGAAAAGCUGCGGUCUCUGGAGGUGAGCAGCGCGUGUUCGUGCGGCGGCGCGGAGGGCGCGUGUGCGCCGGAGAGUCGCGCCGAGCUGCGCGCGCGGCUGGGCGAGGCGGAGCGCCUGGUGCGCCGCCUGCGCGCCGACGCCGAGCGCCAGCGCAGAGAGGUACAGGCGGCCGCCGGCCGGGACCCCGCCGGGGGCGCCGUCACUAACCUCUUGUUUGACGGCGUGGCCGCGCGUCACGCUCACUUACAGUGUAUGAAAAAUUCCCUGCACGCGAGUUUGCGCGCCAGUGGGCUGGACGCGUACGGCUAUCAGAACAACUACCACUUUCCACCAGUGCACACGCCUGACUUCUGGCGAGAGCCGCUUCGAGACGACUUCAACAUGGUGGGUUCGAGGGGGCGAAGCACCCGGCGGCCGCUCACACUGCCCGAACUAUCCGGACAACAGAUGCACCGCUCUACCAUUUAUGCUAAUAAUCAUACACGUGAGCCGCGUCCGAGAGCCAACGGAUACGACAAGAAUAAAAAGCCGCCAGCGACCAACGGAGACGCCACCACCAGUACCACCCCCAAGACUCCAGAAGAACCCUCAGACUGCCGAUUUAGAUCAAUGAACGCGAGCGAUUUAUCGAAAAACGAACAUAGUAACAUGAGCUCAAAGGCCAUGUAUCCAGAGUUGAAAAUGGUUGUGACAAAAUUAAUAUCACACAGUCAGGUGAGCGGCGCGAGCGCAGACGCGGGGCGUGUCCGAGCGCGCCGCCACCACCAUCGCAAGCACGCGCCCGACCAUACCUAGGGGGGGGGGACCUCACACACACACACACACACACACGACCAUCGCACUCGUAUCGCUGCAGCCUCGCGGACACCGCCCACACUGAAUUUGCCACUAGGGGGCGCUACCUAAAACCACACGUUUUAGGUCCAUUGUCCAAAUACCUAUUUGCUAAUGAGCAGCUAUUGGACAUUCAAUUUUUGACAGCCUGUGAUUGGCCAAAUGGAACUUGAGAUUAGCGCCAUCUGGUGAACAGAAAAAGGAUAGUCCUCAUUAUGUCUAUCAACGUGGGUUAUGUUGGACGAAAUAAAAAGAACAAGAGAUAUUUUGACUAAAACGACUUCAAAUUCGUCUAGAUCAUUUAUUAUUUUAUUUAAUGUCAAAAUUUCAGUCUAAUUAAUACAAUAUUAUUGUUCUACACAAAGUAUUGAAUAAUUACAGACUAUGUCUAGAGUCUAGAAUCUAGAUACACAUUAUAUUCGAUAUUGGAGGCUAAACAUUGGACAAAAUAGAUAGUUAAAUUGUAUAUUAUAUCAAACUAAUGAAUAUUCCUGUCGGAUGAUGUAACAAAGCAAUAAGUUCAGGAACUAGACUGACAGAUAUUUGAUGAACAAAUCGACGGUUGGAUUGCAAAGUCAAAUAAUUCAAUUAUUAUGAUAUAAUCGUAAUCGCCUUCUGUAAUAUUAUACUAACUCGUAGUUAUCGUAUAGCCUGGAACGACCGUGUUGACAUUAGAGAGCCAACGUAAUGUUGCACGAUAAUACACCUUACCGCACUAGAUAGAGAGCUCAUAAUCUCGUGUGGUCAGCAACGUAUAAAAAGUAAAUAAGAAUAUUGGAUUGUCUGUCUUAUGUUCAUGGUGAUACGCCAUAAACUUGCAUGUAAAUUGCCAAUGAAUGAGUCAUGCAGCUCAAAAUUGUUUUGUAUGUCAUCUGUAUAAAGCACACUUUUGUCUGUGCCAUCGUAAAAUACAUUUGUAUGGGCUACUGAUUGUGUAGUCACUGGUAAACAUGUCAAUGUCAAUUAAUAUAGUGUCGUGAGUCGUGACGUCACAAGCCACGCUCGUACAAACACUGCCGCGACCACAUCGUGCAACACUACGCACGCGCCCUUAGAUUUUGCUCAUUCGUGAUUUAAAGUGCAAUUUUGUAUAUACAUACAUUACAUACAUAAAAUACAGUAAAGUUAGAGAAACUUAGUACUUAUGAGCAAUAAUGCUACGUAAUAGUUGCUUAGUGUUACGUCUCUUUCUUUUAUUACGAAAAUAAAAAGGAUGCCAGACGGACAUUGGCGAGUAUGUAGAAGUUUUUCUUUAUAUUAGAAUGACGUACAAUAUUUUUGCCUUUGGAAAUUCAGUGAGAUACCCGCAACUACUGCCAUUAGCAUUUAUUUUCCUCCGGACACGGACUACGUACGGCAAACGGUAUGUACUAAAAUAUAAAGACUAAAAUAUUUUUAGCUGAACCUAGUUAUUUAAUAUAGUCGAAAUGAUCUGCGAUUUUAAUCAUGUUUAAACUUUAGUCUAAACAACGUUUUUUAUAUAGUUACGCAGUUGUCCGCCCGAUUGCCAUAUAAGUGUGAGGGGUCUUUGAGCUACAUUGUGAGAGUGACGUAGACCUAUUAAAUGCUAUAUUUGUAGCCUUAUCCAUAUUAAUCUAAUUUAUUAAAUUAAUAAUACUAUUAAUGAUUAUAUUUGAAUAUUAUAAUUAUUGAUAUAAUAAUAUAUUUAUUGCAAAAGCA